GAAAUAUCGUCUGCCCCUAUUGUGAUUUCCAAGCUCUCGACUCGUAUUAACCUGAAAUUGCAUGUAUCAUGUAAUCAUAAAGAGCAAAAUAAAGUUGAAAAGAAGUUGAUACUGGCAUUGUAUACCACGUAAAAAACAAUACAAGUAUUGUGUAAAAACGAUAAAAAACCUGACAAAAAAGAAGACACUUGCCCAUACUGUCCAACAGUUAUGAAGGAAAGAUACAACUUGCAAAGGCAUGUUUUCGUUAUCCAUGGGAACCAAAAUAAGGCCGAAAAAAAGUUCGAAUUUUCAAAUUGUUUCUUGCAAAAGUUUUCCAAGGGUGAAACGUAUGAUUCUUGUCCCUACUGCAACAAAAUAAAAUUUGAUCUUCAAAAGCACGUUUAUCAAAUGCACAAGGAACAAAAUGAGAAAGAAAAAAAAGUUGCAAUAUCAUUUAAAAUUAAUUACUGCGAUAACUGUGAUUACAGUCAUCCAGACCAGUCAGAAUUUCAACGACAUGUUAAGAAAUGUAACGGUUGUACGAAAAAACACAGUACAUUCGAAGUGUGUCCUUACUGUGAGCAUUCGACAUCUGAUAAACACAACUUGCACAAACAUGUUUACAAUAAUCACAAGAAACAAAAUGGUGUCGAAAAGAAAGUUAGGAUUACCGGCAGGAUUUAUAAGUGUACAUUUUGUGCUUACAGUACCAUGGAUACGUCUGGGUUUUGGGUACACAAAAAGGCGUGUAAAAAUAAAAACAGUUAGAUUAUAGUUUAAUAAAACUGAAUAAAU